GGGAGUACCGACUUGUCCAACUGGGAUGUACUGAAUGAUCAUGUGGCUGAAAAAGUUAUGAUAAAUUCUGCUGCAGACUAUGGUGAGCUUGAUGCUAAGAUGUAUCAGGAGAGAAUAACUGAGUUAGAGAACAGGCUUCUGGAGAAACAGGAGGCAGCCAAAAGACUCACUGCAAAGAUGGACGAGCUACAGGAGCAACUUACCCAGCACAGUGACUCUGUGCAACUUCAGGAAACUACUGUUCAAGAGCAGAAUGAAGUCAUCAGGAAACUAACAGCCUGCCUUCAACAGACAAAGAAGGAUCGGGAUGACCUGCAGGGAGAGGCUUCAUGUGUAGCUGCUCAGAUCCACAGUUUACAACUUCAGCUACAUCAGGUUAAUGAGAUGCUGAGGAGUAAAAGUCCUGGGAAAACCCAAGUAUUAGAAGCCCAGCAGCAGAUGUCCUUGUUCCAGAACCGUCUCAAAGAGCAAAAUGCACACUUGGAGAUGCUGCGUCAGAAAGCACAUGACCUGGAGGUACAGCUUGAGUCUUCUCAAAAGGUACAUGAGCGAGAACACGAUCGUGAAAUUGCUGAACUGAUUACUAAACAUGAAGAGGAAAUGGAGAAGCUCCGUGCUGAACUAAAUAAAAACCACCAGCACCUGUUGGAUGAACUUCGGCAGCAAAUGAUAGCCACGCACAAAGCAGAGAUUGAGCAGGCUCAGCUCCAAUCACAGACGCUGCGGAGCCUUGAGUUGGAAGCUCUACGCCUAAGCUUAAAUAACAUGCACACCUCCCAGCUUGAGCUUACACAGUCUAAUUUGAGAAAAGAAAAGGAAAAUGCCCUUGUGGAGCUGCGGGAGAUGCUCAAUGAUAAGCGUGCUCAAGAGGUAGCAAUUCUGCAAAGCCGCCAUCAGCUGGAGUGGGAGAAGAUUAAAGAACAAUAUCUGAAGGAAAAAGAAGACCUUGAGUCAAAGUAUCAGCAAGAGCUAGUAAAAUGUGUAGAACUGGAGAGGCAACACCAGUUAGCCAUUACAAAGUUACAAGAACAGCUGCAGACUGAACAUAACCAACUCCUAGAGGAUGUGAAGAUAAAAAGCAAAGAAAAAGAACAGAAUCUUCAGAAUGAGCUGGAGAAACUUCAGGUCAUGCAUGAAGAACUCAAGACUCGGUCACAAGAAGAACUCAAGCAGCUUUGGUCUCAGCUCGACAGUACCCGAGCAAAUCGGCAAGAGCUAAGUGAGCUAAAAGAGCAGCUUCUGGCUCGGGCAUCACGGGUGGAAGAAAUAGAGCGUUUAAAACAAGAAUUUGAACAGCAGUGUCAGCAAAGAAAGAGUGAGCAUGAAACUGAAUUGGAGCAACUGAGACUUUAUUUUGAAAAGAAGUUAAGAGUCACUGAAGAAAACUACAGAGAAGAAUUGACUUUGCUGCAUCAGAGAAUACAAGAACUGCAGGAAUAUUCGCUGUCGGAGUUGGAA